AGAAGAAAUCCACCACCGAAGAAGAGGGCAAGCAUAAUCGUUGUUCACGAGUCCCUCACGGUUAAUAUUUGCUAGCUGUACUUCUAUUUGAUAUUAAUCCUCAAGUCCUUUAAUAUCUAAACGCAAACUGUUUUUUUCAGAAUUGUUAAAACAGUUUAAUAGCGUCAUUCAUUUAGCUUAACCGAUUAAAAGCAGGUUUAUUUGUUUGAAAACGUUUGUUAGCCCACUUGCUAACUCGACGCUAGCUAACGCUUUGUCCUCGCUGCGAGUGUCGUCGCUAACAUGUCUGGAGGAAUCGUUCGCGGACCAUCGGGGAGUAACGACUGUCGGAUAUACGUGGGGAAUCUCCCUCCAGAUAUUCGCUCAAAGGAUGUAGAAGACUUGUUUUACAAAUAUGGAGUCAUUCGUGAUAUCGAUUUGAAAAACCGAAGAGGAGGACCACCAUUUGCCUUUGUUCAGUUCGAGGAUCCGAGGGAUGCUGAGGAUGCUGUGUAUGCACGUGAUGGUUACGACUAUGAUGGCUACCGACUGCGCGUCGAGUUUCCUCGAAGUGGAAGGGGUGGCGGCGGUGGAGGUGGUGGUGGUGGAGGAGCAUCAGGACCUCCAAGGGGAAGGUUUGGUCCCCCAUCCCGGCGUUCUGAGUACAGGGUUGUGGUGUCAGGUCUUCCCCCCAGUGGAAGCUGGCAGGACCUAAAGGAUCACAUGCGAGAGGCAGGUGAUGUAUGUUAUGCUGAUGUUUAUCGUGAUGGCACUGGAGUGGUGGAGUUUGUGCGCAAAGAAGACAUGACAUACGCUGUCCGCAAGUUGGACAACACCAAAUUUCGUUCUCAUGAGGGAGAGACUGCCUACAUUCGUGUGAAGACGGAUGGACCCAGCAGCCCCAGCUACGGCCGUUCCCGCUCUCGCAGCCGGAGCCGUAGUCGAAGUCGCAGCCGGAGCCGCAGCCGCAGCAGGAGCAAGAGUGGUUCACGCAGCUACUCACCCCGUCGUGGCAGAGGAUCUCCCAAUUAUUCUCCCCGCCGCUCCCGUUCCCGCUCUCGCACCUAGAUUUGCCAGACCUCAUGACGAAUGGUGGACCUCAGAGCUCAAGUCUUGACAUCACUUCUCUGCCGUCACCACGGACCAUGUGACCACGUUACAGUUAACACUGUGUUGUUUUGUCCUUUUCUCUGACUUUUUGUUGCAGUUUUCUCUUUAGUUUUCUCUUUUUUCUUUAUUUUCUUCCCUUUACCCAAGCAUAUUUUCUGCUAACCAUUUCUCCUUCCUCAUACCUCAGUCCCCCUUUCUCCGCUGUUUCUUUUCCUUGUAUGCUUUGUUUUGUUUGAGGAGGGUUUAUUUUAUGGCAGUGGCUACUGCCACAGUACUGUGGCAUGGAAUAUGGUUUUGUAUAUGGCCAUAGAGCCAAUCAAAUGUUAGCAUAUGUACUAGAGCCAAUCAUGGAUACUGUUACAUGAACUCAUUAGCCUCUAGUUGCCACAGUACUGUGGUGAUAUAUGGCGUAUACUUCAGUGGAUUCUUUUG